CUCCCUACUGACCCCCACGCCCACCUACAGCCAGAGUGGGCCCACGGUGCCCAGUGUGAGGUCAGCCAGGCCCUGGGCUGAGCACACCCUUCACUUCCUUCAGUCCACGCCAUUUCACAGAGGUGAAAGCUGAGGCCUGAGGAGGAAGCCAGCUGCCCAAUGCCUGCCUGGGGGGCCCUGUUCCUGCUCUGGGCCGUGGUGGAGACCACCAAAGACUGCCCCAAACAGUGCGCCUGCCACUCUCUGGAGACCAUGGGGCUGUGGGUGGAUUGCUCAGGCCAGGGGCUCACGGAGAUGCCCGCCCUGCCCGCCCGCACUCGCCACCUCCUGCUGGCCAACAACAGCCUGCACAAGGUGCCCCCGGGUGCCUUCGACCACCUGCCCCAGCUACAGACCCUCCAUGUGGCACAGAACCCUUGGCACUGCGACUGCAGCCUCACCUACCUGCGCCUCUGGCUGGAGGACCACGCACCUGAGGACCUGGGCUACGUUCUCUGUGCCAGCCCCAGCCUAGCCGCCGGCCGCCCACUCAGCCAGCUGACUGGCUAUGAGCUGGGCAACUGUGGCUGGCAGCUGCAGGCUUCCUGGGCCUCCUCUGGCACCUGGUGGGACAUCGCAUUGGUCGCCGUGGCCCUUCUGGGCCUGGUGCUCCUGGUGGGCCUGCUGUGCAUUACCACCAGGCCCUGGCACUGAGCCCUGUCCCGUCACCUGUAGGCUACAGCCGCUGCCGGGGCCCCCAGCCCUGGUCAACCCAGCCACCAGUAGCCCAAAAUAAACCAGAUGCUCUGCCGUCUUAUCUAA